CGGGGGUGGGGGCUCAGGCUCGGCGGAGAGGGUCGCGGAGGCCCGCCCCGCAGGCCCUGGAGCCCGGCUCCCCUGACUCGGGGCGAAGCUGGCGCUGGGGCCGGGCCGGGUGCUUGCGCUCGCUGGGCCUGGCAGGCCGCGUCUCGCUCCUCCACACCUUGCCCACCAGUGCUCAGAAGCUGCUCCGUUACGUGGCGGAGCCGCGCUCUGGGCCGGACCUCGGCAGGGCGGAGCAGGGCAGGGCUUGGCUCUUUCUGGAGUCCCCGCGGCCAGGACUGCCCCGUAGGCGGCCCGGAACUUCCCGGCCUGCGGGAAGCGUGCGAAUACCUGAAACGUGCGUGAACGAACUGUGACAACAAGAGCAGAGGGGCUUGGUGACCCCUAGUGUGUGCCGGGAGCAGCUCCUGGGGUGCAGAUUGCGCACGCGGGGACUUCAGACGCCACGUUUACUUAUAGUGGGGCAUGUCUGGGUGAUGACGUUGAAGUCGGAGUUUCUCAGCAGAAUAAACAUCUUUAAAAAGAUUUAUUUAUUUGAAAGAGGAGAGAGAGAGAGAGCGUGCACUAGAGUGAACUUCUGUAGGCUGGUUCGCACCCCAGAUGGCCAUAGCCGUCAGGUACUAGGACACUGUGGCAAGAAUGUGUGCACAUGAACACCCCACCUUCCCUGUGAAGCCCUGAGCAUGGCCCGGGCCCUAAACUGGGUAAUGCUGGCAAGUCACUGGGACUGCCCAGUAAGAGGGUGGGGUUGAGUGACCGUGAGGCCUUUGGGAAGAAGGGUUCCAAACCGCACCUCCCUUAGCACCUGUGUGAUGUUUCUCUCUCUCUCCCUGCCUCCCUCCCUCCCUCUCUGCCUUACUUUCUCCGUCUUUAAAGGAGAGCAUGAUGUACGGUUUGGGCAGAGCUGUGUCGGGAUUAUUGGAGCGUGUGUUUGAACACAGCGGCAGCCCUGCCUGGUAACCCCAGUCCUCUGAGCUUGGCCCCAGGCCGUGCACUGGGGCUCAGAUCCUGCUUGGUGCAAGGAGUCUCCUGAGGUCCCUGUGGUAAAGGAAGAGUUCAUCAGCUCGCAGCAGAUGCACGCCACUGGGCUCCACGCUGGUCCACACUCGGCAGACGGAGAGUGGCUGUCAGAGGUUUCAUCUGGCCGGUCUGUAAAACCGAAACAGUCACAUUUCUAUUAUCCAAUGACUUGAACUUGUGCAGAAGCUUCCACGUUAUCCUUGCUGUGUCACUACCAUCUGGACAGGGCUCGAUGUGUGCACUUUGGGGACCCAGCAGGUGACUGGAGUUGGCCCAGUGCUGGGUGUCAGGAGCUCUGUCUGUUCCCACCCAGAGGGCCCAGGCCAGGGAGCAGCACAGCCAGCUCCAUGGAGGGGACCUCGGCCACGGAGAGAAGCGGCUCUGAGCCACAGCCAGACGUCAGACGCCUCCUGAGACCUUGGCCUUGCCCUCGGGGAGACAGAGCAGGCAGCCUGGUGGCCUCUCAGCUUCCUGGGGCAUGGAGGGUGCAACGCCAAGGCCCCUCUGUGCUGGAGUCCAAGGUGGAGAGGAACCGCCUGCUGCUGCAGGAGACACUGAAUGCCUCAGGGCUGCGCCCCCUGCAGGCGGGAGCUGCAGCCUGGACGCUGUCCCGGGGCAGAGCUGCACCAGAGCGACCAGCGGGGGACGAGGAUGGGGACCCUGGCUUCUCCCUGCAGGACUCAGACAAGAACGGGGCCUUUGGUCUCAGGCUGGAGCCCGCGCUGAGCCCCUGGCAUGAGGAAGCCAAGCGUGUGCUGCAGGGCACCCGGAUGAAGGCCAGGACCCAGCCCCUGCGUGCCAGCCAUGAUAUUGUGCUCACCAACGCUCAGGGCAGCCGAGAUGGCCAGGGCAGCCCCACCCUGGAGCCCAGGACGACCUCCUCCUGCAGCCACAGCCUCAGCCAUGCGAGUGUUCCCCGGCCCAGGUGGGGCCCCUUCGCGGCUCACGUGCGCUUUGAGGACGAGUCUGCCUGUGAGGCCGAGUUCCGCUACCUGGAGCGGUUACAGGAGCGCCAGCGCCAAGUAUUGAGCACAGUGCUACAGGCCAUGGACCAGGGUGCCCUGCGCUCGAAGCCAGACCUCACUGACUACAUUGCGGGGGGCCUCCGGCUCCAGGACGCGAGGUCUGUGGGCAGCCGGAGGAAGUGCUCAGCCUGGGGUUCCUACGCGGGGCACCCAUGCCCUGCUGAGGGGAAGGCCCUUCCCAACAGGGGAGUCCCCCAGGAGCUCCACGCUGACAGUCAGUGGGGCCUGAGCACCCCUCUGUUCCUGUCUGCUGAGCCAGGGUUCCAUGGGGGCUGGAUCCGAGAAACACACAUUGGAAGCAUCCCGGACCCCGAAGGCGAGGACCCUGCCCUGGACAGCUGUCAGCUCAGAAAAGAGGAGGUGGGGACGCUCUGGCCCAGCAGCACCUGUGAACGGCACCACGGUGGCCUGGAGGGGCCCGGGAGGGCUGAGGUGGAACUGCCCCUGGGCUUCCAGGCCCGGCCUCACCUGAGUGGGGCUGCAGAUAUGGACGUGGGGCAGGAGGAAGGAGGCGGAGGAUGCUUGCCUGAGGGGACCUCGUUCCUGAGAGAAGAUGCUGUCCCUGAGCCUGCCCUGGCAUCUGAGGGGGCUUCCUUGGGGUCCCACAGACAGCCUGGGCCAGGGCUGGGAAGUCACCAGGCCCACUCUGCGGCCUCCAGGGCUCCAUGGAGGACAGGCUGUGAGUCCAGCAGCCAAGCCCAAACAAACCACAACUCUCUGGAAAUCGUGCCCUGUUUGUCCCCGCCCCAGAGCUGCACAGAGCCCUGUGCCCCUCACCACGCCCUGCGGCCAGCCCCUCCCUCAUCAAGGAGAACCCCCACCCCUCCGUCUCGCAGGAGGACAGUACCAGCUGUGCACCUGCCUCCAGCUCCUUCCAGAAGAGAGGCUGUCAGGACCUGUGAGCCGAGCCCACCACCACAGGCCCAGCCUUGCAGCCCCCUGGGCCAGUACCCUCUGCUGGCCCCAGCCCCCAACAACUGUGGCAGUGGCCCGUCUGGGGGGCCACAGGAACCUUGCGAGGGCAGACUGGAGGAACGCCCUUGCGGCUGGGAGCCAGAGCCAGCCCCGGACAGCGAUGGACACGCAGACGUCGCCACCGUCCACGCCACUGGCAUCACCAUCUCGUUGGCCUCGGAGCCAGAAUCCAGCCAGGAACCAGAGGGGGCCCUGCAGACGACACGGUUGCAUUCCACAGGAUGUGUGCUGCCCCAGGCAUCACCAGAGGCCAGUGCAGCACCUGACCCAGCCUCAGCCACGGCUUCUAGCAGGAGCAGGAAAAGGGGCAGCAGCCUUGUGUCCAGCCUGGGACUGAGAAAGUUCUUCUCCACCCUGGGUCAGAGCGCUCGGCCCAAGCUGGCCACGUCCCGCAGCCGCAGCGUGGAGCAGCUGCACCCCGCUGUGCCGGCCACAGCACCGCACUCCAGCACCCCUGGAGCAAGGAGAGCCCCAUCGCUGCAGGCCCUGCACCUGGGCUCACCUUGGCACCAGCAUCACGGAGCUGCCUCCUUCCACAGCCUCCAUGCCCUGCUGAGCGGCAAGGGGGACCGGUCCAGCCUCUACCUGGUGGCAGAGCCGGGGGGCCACGGAGUGGCUGGCAGCACAGCCAGGGCCCCGCCCCGGCGUGCCCUCAGCGUGGAGGACGUGGGCACCCCCAGCCUGGCUCGCACCGUGGGCCGCGUGGUGGAGGUGUUCCCGGACGGCACGAGCCAGCUACAGCUGCAGCGCUCCCCGGACGGCACUUUCGGCUUCUGUGUGGCCUCUGGGAAUGGGCGCCGGGACUCAGGGUUCUACGUGCAGGCGAUGGCUGAUCUGAACACGGCCAAGCUGUACUCAGGGCUUCUGGGGGUGGGCGACGAGAUCCUGGAGGUGAACGGGGCCAAGGUUGCGGGGCUGGGCUUGGCUCUUGUGGAGGAGCUGCUGGCCCACGCAGAGAGCUUGUCCAUGCGUGUCUUGCGGCAGAGGCCCAGCCCACGGUGACACAGAAGCGCUGCUGCCCAGAGCUGAUCUAUCAACAAAACAGGUCACAGCGGCACCGGCUCCCGGGGCUGUGGCAGGGCAUUUGAUUGAUCACCUUAGGGAGAGGCAAGGAGACUGCAUUGAAGACCUAAGGCCAUGAGUUUAUGUAGCACUGGGUAAAAAAUAUGGGUCUCCUCCCGUGCCAAAG